AUGAAAGAAUUAUGUAAGGAUGGUUAAAAUAUGCAUGAAUUUAUUCCAUUUAUUAGAGAACGUGAUUAAAUGAAUCGUUUAGUUCGAAUCAAUUCAGAGAAACAUAAAUUGUAUACAAAUACUUCCAGAUCCCCUUCUAAUAGAAAUCAUACUCCUGAUCAAUUUUGGCAAUAUAAUAAAAAUCACAUCAUUCCAGAAAGGAGAAAAAAGAUGAGCUUCAAAUUUAAUUAUUAAAUCAAAAUUGACCAUAAAACAGAGUAAAUACUUUAACCUCUUAUUCCUUAAUAAGAUAAUGUGGAAAUAUCUUAGUCUAAAACAGAAAGAAAUUUAAUUUACCCUCCUAUUGAAACAAAAAAAAAGAGAAAUAAUAAAUUUACUAAUACUAAUGUAAAUGUAAGGUAGAAUGAAGAACCUAAAAAAUAAUAAAUUAAAAUUCCUUUAGAGAUUCUAUAACCCUAUAUUAAUUAAGAGAUGGAAUAAAUGAAAUAAGAUCUCUUUUUUAAAGUAGAUUAAGAUUAUCAAUUCCCAAAUGAUUUGACUGAGAAAUUGAUGCAAUAAAAAAAGUAAUUAUCAAAUAUUAAUUGUCUUUCUUAAGACAUAUAGAAAAUUUAAGAUAAAGACUUAGAGAAUGGGGUGAAAUGAAAACAGAAGAAGAUAUUGAAGAUUUGAAAUAGCAUGCCAAAUUCAUACUUUCUAAGAAUUCUUGA